CGCCCCGCCCCUCCCGGCGUGUCCCGGAAGCGGAAGCGGGCCGGCUGCCCUCCUGCCGCCAUCUUGCGGCGGCGGAGGCGGGGGGCGGGGGCGAAAGGCAGGGCCCGGCGCGGCCGCCGACUCUGAGGUGACAGGAGGGUGGUGCUGCAGUACAUAUCUCAAUGCUUAGAUGUUAGAACUCAGCUCCUGCCUUACCAAGGUGAAGAUGUCUAAUGAGGCUCAUUCCUGCAUUUCUGUAUGGACUUUUUUCCCCUCCCUAAAAUGGAUUGGAUCCUCUCUGGCCUUUCAACCAUGUCAGAAGGGGACAGUAUUGAUCUACCAAUCGUGGUUAGACAAGUCUACUCCAUAUACUGCAGUGCGAUGGAUUGUAACUUUGGGUCUGAGUUUUAUCUACAUGAUUAGAGUUUAUUUACUGCAGGGUUGGUACAUUGUGACAUAUGCCUUGGGAAUCUACCAUCUAAAUCUCUUCAUAGCUUUCUUGUCGCCAAAGGUAGACCCCUCUUUAAUGGAAGAUUCAGAUGAUGGUCCUUCCUUACCUACAAGGCAAAAUGAAGAAUUUCGGCCUUUCAUUAGAAGGCUCCCAGAGUUUAAAUUCUGGCACUCUGCCACUAAAGGCAUCCUGGUUGCUAUGGCAUGUACGUUCUUUGAGGCUUUCAACGUUCCAGUUUUUUGGCCAAUCCUUGUGAUGUACUUCAUUAUGCUGUUUUGUAUCACUAUGAAGAGGCAAAUCAAGCAUAUGAUAAAGUACAGAUAUAUACCCUUCACACAUGGCAAGAGGAAAUACAAAGGGAAAGAAGAUGUGGGAAAGACCUUUGCUAGCUAGAAGAUGCAAUCAACCUGUUGACCGAUUCUACUUAUAACUAAAGGAACGAUUUUGAGCCAUUGUAACAAUGCCUUUUUUCUUCAUAAAAUGAUUGAGUGGUGAAAAAGCAGUUGAAGUUUCAUUUUAAGAGGAUCUUGCUAUUUUUAUCUGAAAUAUCAGUUUCUUGAAGAAACUGGCAUUCUAACCAAAUUGCAUUGAGUUUGUCUUUUGUAAGAAGUUGGAGAAACUUUGGAUAAUCCCAUGGAUUUGGGAUAACGGAUUUCUUUCAGGAUCCAUUGCACUGGAGAGAUUAAUGGCUUUGAGUUGGAUAUUUUUACAUUGUUCUCCUCACUGUCACCCUGAAGUGCUGUGCACGUAUGUGGAGGAAGAAAAAGGUGGCACGCACACAUGAUGCUGUUUUCUGCUUCAUGGCCAUGUGCUAUUUUCAUACAAAAAUUCAAUAGACCUAAGUAGAUGCAGAACUUAAGCCAGUUUGCUAAAUGCAUGGUAUUACUGAGUCAUAAAUAUAAAUAGGAGUAAUAAAUCUACAAAAUCAUGGGUUUUUCAGUAGGGAAAAAAAAUGUAUAGCUUCUAAAGUAACUCAUUUCUGUUAGGUUUUAAUGCCAGUUUCACCAUUGCAUCUCCUAGCAGAUGCUAAAAUUGGGCUCUUUCAUGAUGACUCAAAACUUUGUUCAAAAUCUAUGACCAUUUCCUUUGAGGACCUGGAAUUAUAAAUAUAUAUAUAUAUAUAUAUAUAUAUUAAUUGUUAUUAGUUGAAAUUUCUUUCAUACCCAAGGGUUGCUUGAUUAGCUUAAGGUGACUUCAUGCAGCCCCUUCAGAAUAUAUCCAAACUGGCCGUAGGAGACAACUUUGUGGGUUUUAACAAAGGUUUUCAUUUUCUAUGGGAAAAAAAAUCAGAGAUAAAUGACCUGCAUGUAAACUUUUUCAUGUGAUACAACUGCAGUUUUAUUAAGUGACUUUUUAAUUCCAAAAUUUAUUAAAAGACAGUGUCCCCC